AUGACCAGUAGCACAGCUUCAAGAUCUCAUGUUGGCUAUGGAUCUGUCGAUCCGCUGCCUUUAGAUUUAUUGCAAGGAAAGGUUGAUGGUGAGCGCAAAUAUGGCUAUACGAAAGAUGGCAAGAAGAAGCGCAUUCUCUUGAAUGCGUUUGACAUGAACGGCAUUGGCCAUAUAAGUAUUGGGCAAUGGCAGAACCCUGAGGACAAGAGCUCACAGAAGAACCGUCUUCCGUACUGGAUUGAAUUAGCAAAGCUCUUGGAUAGGGGUAAAUUCAAUGCUCUGUUUCUUGCGGACAACUUUGGAUCGCAUGAUGUUUACAAGGGCAGCCACGCGCCAGCCAUCCAGUCAGGAACGCAAUGGCCGUUGUACGACCCAUUCACUGUGAUUUCAGCAAUGGCCGCAGUGACAAAGAGCCUUGCUUUUGGGAUUACAGCGUGCACAACCUUUGAGCCCCCUUUCAGCUUAGCAAAGCGCUUCUCUACUCUAGAUCAUCUCACUGAGGGGAGAGUUGCAUGGAAUAUUGUUACGUCUUGGAGUGACAACGCUGCCCGGGCGUUCGGGCUGCCGCAAUUGCCAGAACACGACACGCGUUACGAGAUUGCAGAGGAGUAUCUGAAUUUGGCCUACAAACUAUGGGAAUCCUCCUGGGAAGAUGACGCCGUUGUCAAGGACCCCUCAACCCACACCUACACCCAGCCCGCCAAAGUCCGAAAAGUUGUCCACAAAGGCAAGCAUUUCAAGUCCGAGUCGGCACACCAAGUCGACCCCAGCCCGCAGAGAACCCCCUUGCUCUUCCAAGCAGGCAUGUCCCCCGCAGGCUCCGCCUUUGCGUCCCGCCAUGCAGAGUGCGUCUUUGUCGGCGGCGCGAGCCCUGCCAUUGUCGCGCUGAAUAUCGAGAGGACCCGGGCCCAGGCUGCCGCGAACGGCCGUGACCCGUACGACAUCAAGUUCUUUGUUCAGCUCACCCCCGUGUUGGGCGCCACGGACGAGGAGGCGCAGGAGAAGUUUGAGCGCUACAGGCAGUAUGCGAUCGGUGACGGCGGCCUUUCCCUCUUUGGCGGGACGUCGGGCAUCGAUAUUAGCAAGUUUCCACCGGACGAGGAGUUUCCUACAGACCCGGAUCAUCCGCUACUCCAGGGAUUCACACCAGCUCAGCGAAACAGACUGCUUGCAAGGCCCAGAGGGUAUGAUAAGUGGACUCCCCGCAUUCUGGCUGAGUACCAGUCAAUUGGUGGAAGUGCCACGUUCAAGAUUGGGAGCGGUGCCACAGUGGCGGAUGAAAUAGAGAGAUGGGUCACCGAGGCGGAUGUGGAUGGUUUCAAUAUUGGACACAUCGUUGUCCCAGGCGCCUGGGAGGACGUUAUCAAGUAUCUUACUCCAGAACUAGAGCGUCGUGGAUGGCUUGGCACUGGCGAUUACAAUGUCCCGGGGGGCACAGCGCGUGAGAACCUGUACUCGACACCAGGACAGCCGCAUUUGCGCCAGACACAUCCUGGAUAUCAGUACAAAACUGGUGGUAAGAAAUGGGAGGAAAGCUUUGUUAGUGGAGAUGAGAGUUCCAGCGCAUAUGAGUAA